ACAAAGCAGCAUACCUAUCACAGAUGUUAUUGUGAAGAUGUCUGGCAGUAAAACUGAUAUUUUUAUUCCGGUAAUUGCUGCCAACACGAACGUCCGACCAAUGGACGUAACUGCACCUCCAAACACUGAAAACGCGAAUAGAGAUGACAAAAAUACGCCCAGAAGUAGAACUAAUGUCCCUGUAAGCUUCAAAUUGUCAUUGAUUGCUGAAGUGAAGAAACAUGACAUUGUCUGGCAAGACCGAAAACAGAAGAAGAAUUCUGAUCUCUGGGACGACGCCUGGCUGAAGAUUCGUAAAGCGCUUCACAUUAAAAAAACGGGAUUCUGCGAGAAGCAAUGGAAGCUACUGUGCCACGGAUACCGGAGCCACAUCAACAGGAACACGCCCAUGCAUAUAGACCUCAUCAGGGAGAUGGCUUUCAUGGCGCCGCAGCUCAAGAAAGCAUGUUCAGACAACGAACCGUCUGACAAUGAAAUGGGAGAACCUGGGUCUCCUGUCAAAAACAAAGUUCCUCAACAAAAUCUAACUCCAAAACCCAAGAAGGUCGCGAAACAGAACAGCUGUUCAGGUCUAGACACCGAGUGCAGCGAGGACGAGCGGGCGUCGGUGGCCAUACUCAAGCUGCUGUUCGCGAGUGUGCCGCCCGACGCCAUGCGCGCGGUGAAGCAGGGGCUCGUCGAAACGCUUAAUAAAAUUGCGCCCGAAGUGCAGACCAAAAUAUUAAACCACGCUAAAGAGCAGCUAGCAAAGUGCGCAGAUUUCGGCAAAAUCGACUGGACGACGCUCGACGUACCUGUUGAAGUCUGCAAAGCCGUUUGGGAGUACAAAGUUAUGAAAAUGGUGCUCACGGACUAAUUAUGAAAGAUAUAUCGACAUUGGUACAUAAUAUGUUCUAAGUGAUUGUGAAUGAUGUGAUGUGUGUUGUGUAGAUUGCUGAAAAUGCGAAUUUGUGUGAUACAUUGAUGUUUCUUUACAUUAUAUGUACAUCUCAUACCAUAUUGGUAAUGGUAAACACUUUUAUAUAAAACUUUUGACAUAAUUUGCAAGCUUAUUAGUAUUUAGGAGUAUGUAAGAAAACGAAUUAACCUUCCAGUAUUUCCAUACCUAGUGACAUCAACUGCUGAGGUGGCUAUGGGAAACAUAAUUUUUUUAACAUUGACGUUUGAAGGAAUGGCUGAAUACAGAAGUAUACUCAGUGUAAACGCACCCAACAACCCCUGCUGUACAGUCAGCUUUAAUAGUAGCACAUCAGACUACACUUCAAAAGUAUCUCCCAUUUUCUAACAGUUAAACAAAAAGAGAUAUGAAUAUGACUGACAUGUGUCGUUUCCAAGCAAAAAGUCCCAUUUUGUCGCUUGCCAUAAAGACGCUUUGACAGAUUAUUCGUAUAAAGAUACAAGCAAAUCUCGGGUAAGCGACAAAGUGGGACCUUUCACUGGACUUCGGCACGUAUGUAAAACAAUUAAACUGUACCUGAUACUUUUGAACGCACACUGUACAGAUUUUUCUUUAAUUGUAAAAGUAUUCAAGGGUGGCAGAUACUUUUGGUGCGUUGUUUGAUCCACUACUAUUGAUGCUGACUUGACACCCUGUCUAAUUGGCUAUUAGAUUAGGAUCUCUAUAUUCCGUUUUGCAGUGGUAAUUAUUUCGAAAUGCUAGGGAUCCUAUGAUACCUAAUAUUGCGGUACAAUAAUAUGUUAACAACAAUAUAAUUCAGUGCAUAGUUACUCAGAUUUAAUUUUGCAGAAAAAAAGUUAGCACUGAUAUAUAUACGCUCCAAGAGAUGAUGAACCCUCCGUGGGUUCUUGAGAGGUGUAAAAUAAAAGACUGUGCGUUACUACAUAGGUUUAUGUAUAACAUUACUAAUCUGAAACAAAAAACCGGUUAAGAGCAUAUCGGGCCAUGCUCAGAGUAGGGUUCCGUAGUUACUCUUCCGUCCCAAUAAGCUAAACUGGAGCUACAACAACCAAGCGACGCCAACGCGCGACUUGCUAAAAAUAUGAACUUUCAUGGUACCACAUCUUCAGACUAUAGUUCGGUUUUUUAGCAUUUUAAAAAAGGUUAACAAUCUUGAUAGGCCUUUAUAUUGAAAAACGCUUUAUGAAAAUCAGUAACUAUUACGUCUAUUACUUAUGAAAGCAAAAUAAUGAAAAUGAUCGUGCAUGAUUUAUAAUUGUUACAUAUUUGCCGGCCGAUAUCGGCCUGUCAGUUAUUCACAAAAGAUGACGUCACCGGGCCUCAGGUUAAAUUUGGCAGUUGCCAACUGUCAAAUAAGCAAUAUGUUGCACACCCACUAGAGCGAAUUGGGAGCGUGCACGAUGGCAACGCCGCUUAGCGUUUGCAACUACUGGGGAGCUGUCAAAUAAUGAGCUUAACAAAAUAAAGAUUUUUCCUUAAAAAUCUUUGCUAUACUUAAUACAGUUACCAAUUUGCAGAAUCUUUUACACACACUUGACUUUUGCUUUACUGAAAAUAGUCAGAAUUAUCUGUGUAUCUUAUAUUAUUCGGUUAUUUUUCUUCGUCGUUGUUUCGAUACAAAUUCAAUGAAAAAAUGUUUGUUUCAUUAUGUUUUGAUGGCCCACUUCAUGAUCUUCUUCAUGGGGGUUACGUAUGAUGCUUUCAAGUAUAAAAGUUUUGCCCUUCUUCACAGGUUUUAAUCAACUCAUUUUAUGUUAAAACAUAUGUUCUUUCGCUUAUCACAACGUUUGUUGUGACAGACGACAGACAACUCCAAAGAGCAUAAAAUAAUCACUACGUUCUGACAACUCUUCGUGCCAAAAGUAUGUUUCUGACGAGCUUUCAGUAACUGUCAUUAUAACUAAUAUUACAAUUACCUAAUGUUGGUACACUGUAUUAGCCAUACUAUUUUAUUAACAUCCAAGCAAAACUCUGCGUUGACAUAGACUAGAUAAAAUAUUUAGCCGUUACGUUGGUAAGCCUGGAAUAAUACUAUAUGAUAUAAAAGCCUAAUUUCUAGCUCGAUGUUGGAAAUAUAUAAAGUUUACUAUUAUUGUUUCGUCCAGUAUUAUUGCAGUUUACCAUUUAUCAGCUAUCGUGACCUAUUUUUUAUCGUAAAUAUGGUUUUAAAGCAAAAAACGUGAACAAAAUAACGGAAUAUAGUAUGGGAAUUGACAGAAACACGGCCACAUCAAGCGCCGUGAUCGUUCCGGCCUCCCGCUUUGCACGCUUCCAAUACCUAAUCAAAAUAAACUUUUGAGGUAAUAAAAUGGUGGCACCUAAGCAGAUUAAUAUUAAAAAAGUCAGCUCGAAUAAAAAUAAUCGGUUAAUUACACAAUGUAAUUCGAUUUAUUUAUGUUUUUCGAUGUUUGUUCUGUCGUAAAAGCAUGAUUUUAAAGGAUUAAUUAUAAUUAUCUCCAUUAAUAGGUACAUCUAACUUUUCUACUAAUAAAAAUAGUUUAGUUUUUUUUGUACAAUCUUAUAAGAUAGCUAUAAGACUAUUGUUACAUACAUAUAUGUUAGAGCUCAAAUAAUAAUAAAAUAAGAACCUUA